GCAGCAGGAGGGACAGACGGACGGGGAGUUGGUCGGAGCAAGAAACCCGGAUCUCUCCAGCAUAAGGAUGUUCUUCACAUGCGGCCCCAAUGAGGCCAUGGUGGUCUCGGGCUUCUGCCGCAGCCCCCCAGUGAUGGUGGCAGGGGGCCGGGUCUUCGUCCUCCCCUGCAUCCAACAGAUCCAGAGGAUCUCCUUGAACACGCUGACCCUGAAUGUGAAAAGCGAGAAGGUUUAUACCCGGCACGGGGUCCCCAUCUCUGUCACUGGCAUUGCCCAGGUGAAGAUCCAGGGCCAGAACAAGGAGAUGCUGGCGGCCGCCUGCCAGAUGUUCCUCGGCAAGUCGGAGAGCGAGAUCACCCACAUCGCGCUGGAGACGCUGGAGGGGCAUCAGCGGGCCAUCAUGGCCCACAUGACUGUGGAGGAAAUUUACAAGGAUCGGAAGAAGUUCUCAGAGCAGGUUUUUAAAGUGGCCUCUUCAGACCUGGUCAACAUGGGCAUCAGCGUGGUGAGCUACACGCUCAAGGACAUUCACGACGACCAGGAUUAUCUGCACUCGCUGGGGAAAGCCAGGACCGCCCAGGUGCAGAAAGAUGCCCGGAUAGGGGAAGCUGAGGCCAAGAGAGAUGCCGGCAUCAAGGAGGCCAAGGCCAAGCAGGAGAAGCUCUCUGCCCAGUACUUAAGCGAGAUCGAGAUGGCCAAGGCGCAGCGGGACUUCGAGCUGAAGAAAGCCGCCUACGACAUCGAGGUGAACACCCGCAAGGCCGAGUCCGACCUAGCCUAUCAGCUGCAGGUGGCCAAGACCAAGCAGAAGAUCGAGGAGCAGAAGAUGCAGGUGCUGGUGGUGGAGCGGACCCAGCAGAUCCAGCUGCAGGAGCAGGAAAUCAUCCGCAAGGAGCACGAGCUGGAGGCCACGGUGAAGAAGCCGGCCGAGGCCGAGCGCUACCGGCUGGAGAAGCUGGCGGAGGCCCAGAGGUCCCAGCUCAUCAUGCAGGCGGAGGCUGAAGCAGAGUCCCUCAGGGUGAAGGGGGAGGCGCAGGCAUUCGCCACUGAGGCCAAGGCGCGGGCGGACGCCGAGCAGAUGUCCAAGAAGGCGGAGGCGUUCCGGCAGUACCAGGACGCCGCCAUGGUCGACAUGCUGCUGGAGAAGCUGCCCCAGGUGGCAGAGGAGAUCAGCAAGCCGCUGAGCUCGGUGAAGAAGAUCACCAUGGUGUCGAGCGGGAGCGAGGGCGUUGGCGCUGCCAAGGUGACGGGGGAAGUGCUGGAAAUCAUGAGCAAACUCCCCGACACUGUGGAGAAACUCACCGGCAUCAGCAUCUCCCAGAUGACUCAGAAGAAGCCAGGGCGAAUGUCCUAGUCGCUGGAAGUCAGAGGCUCUGCCCCGAGCUGUGCAUGUCCCUGAGCCGCCCCUGCCCCGUUCUCCUUGCUGUGUCUGCAUCUCAGGCCCCCCCCUCACGCUGGCUGCCCCCCGAGGGGGGGAUGUGUGGGGCACCAGCCACUGAGCCCCGUGGGUCAAUGCCACCUCCCGUGUACCCUUGCCAGCCCCCCAACCUGUGGUGUGGGGGGCAUUUGCUCCCCACACCACCCUAACCUCGCCUGCACCUUGUAUUCCUGGGGGAUCAGCCCCACAGACCCACCCCCUCGCUCCGUCAUCUCUUCACACCCAAAAUCAUCCUGAGGGGGAAGUUCCGGCACCUCCAGCUCGGGACCAGCGGGCGCCCUGUCUUGAAGGAGGUGCAGCUUUGGAGUCUGAUUUCUCAAGAGCGGCAGAGUGGGAAACAAACCCUUUCUACGCAGGAAAGCUUGGGAUUUCCUCUUUCAAUGCCCCCAACCUCUUAAAUCUACUCCUAAUGCAGCCUGGGAUAUCUCACCUUAAAGCCCCAGCGUUUUCAGAAGCCUCUGGCUUCCUUUUCCCUUGCACCCAUCCGGAUUUAGCAGCUCAUGUCUCUCUGGUGGCCAAAACCACAAGUCAAAGUCAGAUACCGGCCGAAAGCUGACAGCCCCAGCUUGGAAACGCCACCGGCCGCACAUCUCUACCUGCGGCGCUGGUAAGAUAUCAGCUGCUGAAGCAGAAGCAAGGCCAGGAGGUAAUCGGACUGAUAUGACAUGUCAGGUCGGCUGUUUGGUGGCUCCCUGGAGCUCUGGAGUUUGGUAUUUCCUGGCCAACUGGGGCUGUAGACGCUUUAGAUGCCCCUCCAUAGGCACAGCCCCAGGCGUGGGUCAGGAAGACAGGAGCGAACUCCUUUUUGGGGAGGGGAUGGGGCAUAGCCCCCAGGAUCCAGCAUUCCCAGCGCCUGUGGAUGUGGGGUAGGCACGGGGGGAGGAGAGUUGGGGUGGGAUGCAGCUGGGGGUAUCUCAUUGCCACUAAGGGGCAUGGGAUGAAAUGGGGCGGUGGGGAUUUCAAACCAUUGCCCCCUUUCGCCUCCGAUUCCUAAAUGUUUUCACUCACUCGCUGUGGCCAAAGUAAACUCUUCCGCGGGGCCCCCCCCGCUGUUCCUGCUGCCCCCAGCUGGGCCACUUGGGGCCAAUCUGAGAACGAGCCAACUUGGCUGGAACACCUGGUUGGGAGCCAGGGCCUGCUAGAGGAGA